AAAUAAAAAAUGCAGAGAUCCUGGUUAGAGUAACCCCAAAGAACUUUGGACAUCAAUUUUGAUAUUAAAUCCAUUCGAAAUUAAGUUAAAGAUAGAUGCGUACCAGUUCUGUAAUAUUAAACAGACUCUGCACAGAAAUCAUUCUAUUCUUAUAGGUAAUGGAAUCGAAUAUCUUAGAAAAGAGAGUUUGCCCACUGUGCCAUCUUUCGAAAACCUAUAGGCCAAGAUAAGGGAUUUCUCAUACACCAAACUCAAUCAGGCCUCAUCUUUUUAAUAAAGGAAUCAGAUUAGUGAUAAAUCAAUCACUUACUCACCUCAAAAGGCGGUGGGUCUAUAAAAGAAGUAAUAUUGACUACUAGAAUUCAAGGAUCAAUAGUUCUUUGGGGAGUAGGAACAAUGUCAAUUACCAAAGUUCUCGAUCAUAAUAAUCACAAUCAUAUUAAAGCAGACCUAUUGAAUCAAGUUAUAGGUCUCAAUAGAGGAGAAAUUUGAGUGACAAUGUGCAGUUGAAUGAGAUUGUGUCUUUGAGAAAUAAGAUUGAGUCAUCCUAGGCGAGUAGAAGUCUAUUGGGAGCAAAGUAAUUGAUUUGAUUUUAUAGUAGUUAUGUGAGCGAAUUAGUCAAAUUAGCUUAGGCCAUAACAAAUGCACUGAAAUGA